AUGGACUCUGAUAUUGGGUCCCAUUUUGUUUAUCCCCUCAUAGAUAAGCCAGCCAGGUUUGAGUAUAAGCUAGUCAACCAAAAUGGAAAGUUGGCUGAGGUUCCACUUCACAAAGAAUACCAGAAACUAUCCUUAUUUGAGUCAAUACACAAUCAUCAUCAGCAGCAACAACGCUAUGUUGCAGAACAUUCUGAUCUUGGUAACCAUGACUAUCAAUCACGAGAAAACUCGCGUAAGCGCAAUGCUGGUGACGAUGAUGAUGCAGGAGAACGUGAUAGCAUGAUAUCGUGUGAAGACAUUACCUCCUCAGACACUGAUUCUAACACGCAAGUCUCAGUCCUGUCCCGCAUACACUCUUACCGAACAAAUGGUCUCGUACAUCCACCAACGAAAAAGAGAUUAACCUCAGGUCAUGAGCUGAUGGGUUCAGCAAAUUUUCAAGUUGAGUCCCCUGGUAGUCUAUCUGCUACAAUAGCGCCUGGUGGGAAUAACAACAUUAGCACAGUCGAUCUUAGCAGCGCCGUGCGUGAAAGUAAUGGAAAUAUACAAAAUGUCGGACAUAACGGCUAUAAUGAUAAUGCAUCACCCAACAACAAUAGCCAAAAUGCAACUCCAUUACGCGAUCAACUACGUCGUCCAAAAACGCCAAACACAAUCAAUUCACCUAGUCAAACCCCUGUUUCGGAUAUUGAGGAAGAUCCAAUCCAACAGCUACCACUACCUUCUCCUUCUGCCUCACCUAUUCAGCUGGACCAAGAAAAUAAUGAUGACGACGAAUCUUCUGAAACCCCAAGAAGAAUGGCUCGGAGAUUGAAUUUGGAAAUGAUUGAGAAUCAUAUGACAAAUAUUCCUGGCACGCAAGCAGAAUUAAUUAGCACCAUUGAUCAUUUGGCCCAGUUUCUCACUCCACAAAACCAAAAUCACUUGGUGUUCCGAUUGCUACAGAAGACCAACCGGUCUUCGUUAAGCACGUUCAAUGGGUUGCUCAAUGAUUCGUUGAAACGCGACUUGAUUGGAAAUUUACCAGUUGAAAUUGUAAUGAAAGUUUUAUCGUACCUCGAUGCUGAAACGCUUCUCUCAAUAUCGAAAGUAUGCAAAAAAUGGUUCAAAAUUAUCAAUAAUACCAAGCUAUGGACGGAUUUGCUAAAGAAGGACAAACUAAUUACUGAUGAUGCUGUUAUCCGGUAUGAAUUAAAUGAACCCAAAGAGUUGAUUGACGAAUGGUGUACUCUACCUGGUGAGAUUAAUCCCGCCCAAGUUUUGUACAAGAAAAGAAAGAUGAUUGUUAAUCGAUGGUUAGAUCCCAAGUACAAACCAAAGAGAAUAAGUGUCAAGGGACAUGGUAACAAGGUGGUUACGUGUCUACAGCAUGAUGAGGAAAAUAUUGUCACCGGUGUGGAUGACAAGUACAUUCUCAUAUAUAGCACGCAAACGGGACAGUUGAUGAAAGUUUUGGAAGGACACGAAGGAGGCGUAUGGGCAAUGAAGUACUACGGAAACACCUUGGUCACUGGUUCGACUGACAGGUCAGUUCGAAUUUGGAACAUGGCCACUGGAAAGUGCACACAUAUUUUCCGCGGACACACCUCAACCAUUAGGUGUCUUGAUAUAAUCACUCCAGCAGUAAUUGGAAAAGAUGCUCACGGUGAAGACAUUGUCUUCCCAGAACAUCCGUUAUUGGUAACAGGGUCUCGUGACCAUAACAUACACGUUUGGAGGUUGCCAAUUCUUCAAGAGGACGCUGUAGGUGAGACUACGUUUGAUAGUGGAGAAAGUGAAAAUCCCUACUUGAUAGCGGUUCUUGCGGGCCAUACACAAUCGGUGCGUUCUUUAUCGGGGUAUGGAAACAUUAUAGUAUCCGGUUCAUAUGAUUCAACCGUUCGAGUGUGGGACUUGCUUGACAAUGGGAGAUGUAAGCAUAUAUUGCAAGGACAUCAAGAUAGAGUGUACUCAACAGCAAUAGACUACAACAAGAAAGUGUGUUUUUCGGGAUCCAUGGAUUCAACCAUAAAUAUAUGGAAUUUUGAGACAGGCGAGUUGUUGAAAGUUCUAGAGGGACAUUCGUCGUUAGUUGGUCUAUUGGCUUUGGUAGACGGUGUGUUGGUAUCUGCUGCUGCCGAUGCAUCGCUCAGAAUUUGGGACCCUGUAACUGGCGAAUUGAAAAGUAAAUUGAGGGGCCAUGCUGCCGCUAUAACUUGUUUCGAGCACGAUGGAUUGAAAGUUGUCAGUGGAAGUGAGAAAAUGCUCAAACUAUGGGAUGCACAACAAGGGGAAUUUGCCAGGAAUUUAUUAGAUGAUGUAACGGGGGGUAUUUGGCAGGUAAGGGUGGAUUAUAAGAGGUGUGUUGCCGCUGUACAAAGAGUCAAUAGUGCUGAUGAAGGUGAAACGUUCAUUGAGAUAUUAGACUUCAGCGAACUCCCAAAAUUUGAAAAGCUAAAUUAG